AUGUUCACAGUUGGCAAGAUACUGGGAACUCUCUGCUCUGACCACCACAAUGCCGUCCAGGCGUCGUGCAUCUUGGAACACCUCAAGAUCUACAAGACUACCUUUACGCUGGAGGUAUUCGAGACGGAAAGCCACUUGGCUUCUUUUGAAUUCGACCAGAGUGUACCCCACCACGAUGAUGAAUGUCGAGACAAUAGAGGAGUGUACCUGGUCAGUGUAUUGAGCGAGAUGAUGACGAUGCGUAUGGUGAUGAUGGAGGCGGACUGUGUGUGUGCGUUCUGCAUAUUGACAGCUAUACGGGACAUCCCCAGUAUAAGGCGUAGCCUGGAAAAAGCCUCUGGCGCUGGUGAUACUGUUACCCGUGAGUCCCUAUUCGGUAUUACUAUAGGAUGGCAAGGCGUUCGGCAACAACGUCUGUUGACAGGAAGACGAGUGAUACAUUGA